GCAGCUUACUUCAGGCUUGAAAGUAGGCCUAUUUUGUUGAUAAUAUUUUGCAUAAUUCAGAAAUAUGGAGGAAGCCUCUGGGAGUGCAAAAUCCACAGAAGAGGAUAAAACAGUUACACUGGAGCUUAAAAAUGUGAAUCUCACUGGUAAAGAAGAUAAAGUUGGAAUGGAAGAUUUUGAAUUAUUGAAAGUGUUAGGGACAGGAGCUUAUGGAAAAGUGUUUCUUGUCCGAAAAUAUGAUGGAGCAGAUCAAGGGAAAUUAUAUGCUAUGAAAGUUUUGAAAAAAGCCAGUAUAGUUCAAAAGACAAAAACUACAGAACACACAAAAACAGAAAGACAAGUUUUAGAAGCAAUAAGAGAAUCACCUUUUUUAGUGACACUUCAUUAUGCAUUCCAGACAGAUGCUAAAUUACAUCUUAUAUUAGAUUAUGUUAGUGGAGGUGAAAUGUUUACACAUCUAUAUCAAAGAGAAAGAUUUAAUGAAAAUGAUGUGAAAAUAUAUAUAGGAGAAAUUGUACUUGCAUUAGAAACACUUCAUAAGCUUGGUAUAAUAUAUCGUGAUAUAAAGUUAGAGAAUAUAUUACUAGAUGACGAAGGACAUAUUGUUUUAACAGAUUUUGGUUUAAGUAAAGAGUUUUUACCCAGUGAUGAUACUCAUAGAGCUUAUAGUUUUUGUGGUACUAUAGAAUAUAUGGCACCUGAAGUUGUCAAAGGUGGAGCUACAGGACACACUUUUGCUGUUGAUUGGUGGUCACUUGGAGUUUUAACAUAUGAAUUAUUAACUGGUGCGUCUCCCUUUACUGUAGAUGGCGAGAAAAAUACACAGUCCGAAAUCUCCAGGAGAAUUCUAAAAUGUGAUCCACCUAUGCCAAAAACAUUUUCAUCACAAGUUAAAGAUUUUAUACAGAGGUUGUUGAUCAAAGACCCUAGUAAAAGAUUGGGAGCAACCGGAGCAGCAGCUGUCAAAAAUCAUAAAUUUUUUAAGAAUUUAGAAUGGGAUGAUCUUGCAAAUAAAAAAAUUGAAGCACCUUUUGCUCCUCAAAUACGCCAUGAAUUAGAUGUGGGCAAUUUUUCUGAAGAAUUCACGAAUAUGGCUGCCACAGAUUCUCCAGCCAUUGUACCAACAAAUGUAGAAAAAUUAUUCAAGGGUUAUUCCUAUAUAGCUCCAUCUAUUUUAUUUAGUGAAAAUACUAUAAGCUGUGAUAUGUUAAAGCCUUCUACUGUUAAUCAACCAGAUGAGGCCAGUUUUCUUAAUUCUGCACAUUUUAAGAAUUCACCAUUUUUUAAACAGUAUGAUUUAGAUCUGAAAGGUUCGGCAUUAGGUGAUGGUAGUUUCUCUAUUUGCAGAAAAUGUUGUAAUAUUAAAACUCAUAAAACGUAUGCUGUAAAAAUAGUGAGCAGACGUUCAGAUUGUCAAACAGAAAUACAGUUGUUGAGGUUAUGUCAAGGUCAUCCAAAUAUAGUUACAAUGGUUGAUAUAUUUUAUGAUGAGGUUCACACAUAUAUAGUGACAGAAUUAUUAGCUGGUGGAGAAUUAUUAGAUAGAAUUAAGAAGAAGAAGAGUUUUACUGAAAAUGAAGCCAGUGAAAUUAUGUGUAAAUUAGUAAAAGCUGUUCAAUACAUGCAUUCUAAAGGUGUUGUACAUCGAGAUCUUAAACCAGAAAAUCUAUUGUUUGAAGAUGAUACAGAUAGUGCUGAAAUAAAGAUAAUAGAUUUUGGUUUUGCACGAUUAAAUCCUGAAAAUCAAACAUUAAACACUCCAUGUUUUACUUUACCAUAUGCAGCACCUGAAGUUUUACGUCAGACCACUAAUAAAGAUCAUGGUUAUGAUGAAUCGUGUGAUUUAUGGAGCCUGGGAGUUAUACUGUACACCAUGCUAUCAGGGAAAGCUCCAUUUCGAGCUCGUAGUAAAGAAGAUACUGCUUCAGAUAUUAUGGACAGAAUUAAGGGAGGUGAUUUUAAUUUAACAGAUUCUGAUUGGCAUACAGUAUCAGACCAAGCCAAAAAACUUAUAAAAGGGCUGCUGACAGUAGAACCAAGAAAACGAUUGACAAUGAAUGACUUACUAAAAAAUGAAUGGCUGUUUGGAAAACAUGAUUUAUUAUCUCAUGCUUCUUUACCCACACCUGGCAUUCUAUCAUCUCACACUAAUACUAUACAUGUUCAACUCAGUGCCACCAUGGAUGCAUUUCAUAAAGCAACACGAGAAGGUUUCAGGCUUCAAGAUGUAGCCACAGCCCCCCUAGCCAAACGAAGACGUAUCAAAAAGAGUUCUACUGAUGCAAGAAGUAGUUCCACCGAUUCUAAUAAUUCUAGCUCAACUAUUAGCUCAUCAGGUGUUACUCAGUCUCCUGUACGUCAGUCUCCUUCCAGAACUUUUUCUAGUGCCUCCAGUAUAUCAAACGCUAGCACAGGCUUUAUACCUCAUAAAUCUCUAUUAACGACAACAGAGCCUUCCGGAAACGGCACGACCGUUGACUUAAUUGACACCAUCCAUGUAACUACGGUAGAUAGUGAAAUAGACUCUUCUCAAGGUAUCAGAAAGGGUGUGAAGCGUACCUUGGAUAUGAUGAAUAGUGAAAAUGAUAUCCUCAUUGAUGGGGAUGAUAUGGAGGAGGAUGAAAUGGAGGAGGAGGAUGAUGAUGAUGAUGAUGAUGAUGAUUGUGUUAUAAUAGGAGAGGAUAGUUUUGAUCUAAGUGAUAUUAAUAGAAAUAAAAAUCCUUCUGUAAUAAGCUCAAACAAAACUAUAUCUAGUGAAACAAUUAUUAUUGAUGAUUGAUAUAUUGUAAUUUAUUAUUGCUAUGGUUUAUCUUAUUGUGCAUCUUUGAGGAGUAUGAUCAGUGUACUCAGCAUCUUGUAAUUUUCUUGGUAAAAGUUCACCCCAUUUUCAAUGUUUUUUUGGGAUUUCUAACCAGAGCCAGAGUCACAUUGGGCGGGAAAACUUUCAUGAUAAAUAAACUUGUAAUUGAUUAUUCAUCCAGAAAAUUUUGGGUAUAUAUUGGUAGUCCGCCGUAAUGCCUUAGAUGCAACAAUGCACACAGCCAAUGCAAUGAAAGUAAUGAGGCCUCACAUCGUUUGACAAUAUAUGAAGGUUAUUUGAAGGCUAACAUAAUAAUUGUAUUGUAAUUACCAUAGUUAUGUGUGCAAAGCAGAGGAUUUUGACAAGGAAGUAAUGAAAUGGGGGUACCGUUUAUUUACAUGAAGAUGAUUUUUUGUGUUGAUUUGGGCAAUAUACACCGAUGUAGAAUUGCACAAAGUAAGCUUUUGUUGAUGGUUUGUUAGAAUUUUAUUGUAAAUAAAUAAGAACAUUUUAUUGUAUGUAUUGUUUAUUGUUGAUAAAUGUGAAUAUAUGAUUACUAAUAUAAAUAUCUAUAUUAAUUAAUAUUUAUGAAAUUCUUAAUAGAAAUAGUAUGAACUUUGUUGACACUUUUUUUUCUGUGAUUUUACAUAAAAUAUAAAAAAAAUCAUAUAUUGAAAGAAUUAACUUUUUAUACAUAUAUUUUCUUGAUAUUUCUUUUCAAACGCAUGUCAUAAUUUUACAUGAAAUUUUAAGACAAUUUUUGUUAUAUUCAAUGUACGAAAUCUAGAGCUUCUAUACAUAAAAUUAAGUAACCACUUGUUCAUUUCUUGUCAUCAAAAAUAUAAUAUGUGAAAGCUUUAUCAAAGUGAGUCUUAAUUAGGCACAUCAUAGAGUGAAAUUUAUUGUUUCUUGAAUAACAGAAUAGUAAAAAAAAACAGUACAGUUUGUUACUAAUUAUUAAUUAUGUGUAUAUUAUAUUUUUUAAUGAUAAUAAGAUAAUUUUUGCCAUAUAAUGACAAGUAUGUGUACAAGACUGGAUGUUGUGUGUUAUUGUUUAGAUAUAUGUGAUAAGCUGUGUUGCACUGUCAAUGCAGGAGAGAUAUGAGUUGAGGAAGAUUUACUUACUAUUGUGUGUGACAUUUCUUGUUAUGAACUAGUCUACUGUAUGUGAAAUAUAUUUUUGAAAUGAUGCUCGUAAAACAAAGCUCUAAAUUAUCUUUUCAUUAAACCUAAAGGCUCAAUGUGGUUAAUUGUUUUCUUCGUGAUGAAAUAUUUUAUUAUUGUUAAAGAAUAAUAUAAGACAGGUGUAAAGCAUGGUUACCAACAGUGUUCUUGUGAAGCUCGUGUGUAUAAUAUAUAUGGUUCUGGUAAUGGUUAUUUCUGUAGGAAACUAAGAAAGACAAUUUUGGUAUUGAUACUAUUAGAAUCUUGUUACAUAAAAUCAAAUGUUGCAUAAUGUUUUAAUUUGUCACAUAUUUCUAUGAAGGCAAUCUGAUUAAAAUACAGAUCUAAAUUU